AUGAACAUUAUUCCACUCGGUGCAGGGCAAGAUGUGGGCAGGUCAUGCAUUAUUGCAACCAUUGGAGGAAGAACAAUAAUGUUUGACUGCGGAAUGCACAUGGGCUUUAACGACGAGAGACGGUUUCCAGACUUUUCGUAUAUCUCUAAAACUCAGAACUUCAACAAGGUCAUUGACUGUGUGAUCAUUUCCCAUUUCCACUUGGAUCACUGCGGAGCACUUCCACAUUUUACAGAAAUUUGCGGAUACGACGGGCCAAUAUACAUGACACAGCCCACUAAAGAAGUGUGCCCAAUCUUGCUGGACGACUUCAGAAAGAUUGUUGCAGUCAAAGGCGAUGAUACCAUAUUUACAUAUCAAGAUAUACUCAACUGCAUGAAAAAGGUUAUUACAAUUAACAUGAAUGAGACAUACGAGCAUGGAAACGGGAUUUACAUCACUCCAUACUAUGCAGGGCAUGUCCUUGGGGCAGCAAUGUUCCAUGUCGUUGUUGGAGAUCAAUCUGUGGUUUAUACUGGUGACUACAGCACUACGCCUGACAAACAUCUUGGGCCUGCAUCUAUCAAAUGUGUCAAGCCUGAUAUUCUGAUUACUGAGUCAACAUAUGGAUCUGUUGUGAGGGAUUGCAGGAAGGUCAAAGAGAGAGAAUUCCUUAAAGCUGUGUCUGAGUGUGUGUUGAAAGGAGGCAAAGUGCUGAUCCCGAUAUUUGCACUUGGUAGGGCACAGGAGCUGUGUCUCCUUCUUGACGGAUACUGGGAACGCAGUGGAUUGAAUGUUCCUGUGUACUUUUCAGGAGGAUUGACUGAGAAGGCAAACGAAAUAUACAAAAGAUACAUCGGAUACACAAAUGAGACAAUUAAGCAGAAGAUUUUCGAAAGGAACCUAUUUGACUACAAACACAUUAAAGCAUUCCAGAAGUACUACUUGGACAUGCCUGGACCAAUGGUUCUAUUUGCAUCACCAGGAAUGUUACACUCAGGGAUGUCAUUGAAAAUAUUCAAGGAGUGGUGUGAGGACGAAAAGAACCUUGUGAUCAUUCCUGGAUAUUGUGUGAGAGGCACAGUUGGCGAGAAAGUUCUAAACGGAGCUAAGCGACUCGAUAUCCUUGGAGAAAGUAAAGAAAUAAAAAUACAGGUAAGGAAUCUUGCAUUCAGUGCACAUGCUGACUCUGAAGGCAUAUUGAGCUUAAUUGAGCAAUGUAAGCCCAGGAAUGUGAUGCUUGUACAUGGCGAAAAGAGCAGGAUGAGGAUGCUUAAGAAGAGUAUUGAACAGAGAUAUGCAAUUCCUACGUUUUUUCCAUCUAACGGUGUCCUAGUGAACAUCCCAAGCAAAAACACAGUUGACCUGAAAAUAUCUAAAGAAAAGAUACAUGGAUGUUUUGAACCACAUCUUUCGAAAAAGAAGGUGUUUGUAAGAAUGAAGCUAUCUCGUGAAAAAGAAGAAGGCUGUUGUGGAGUUGUUGAGUGUGAUAACUAUCUUGAUGAUUACACAGCUAGAGAUGCAAGUACAAAAGAAUGA